AACAAAAGCAACAGACUGCCGAGUCGAUCAUGAUGGCGGCGUCCACUCCGACUCCCGAGAAGACGUACUCGUACGACGACCUGUAUUCAUGCGAAGCUGUGUUCAGUGGCGCGCUUCAGUACGUCAACAUGGGUUUGCAUCCGGUGGACACCGAGUCCAUGGGGAUCCCAAAGAUGCACGCCCUGGUGCAGCCGCAUCAGCAGCAGCUUUACCUCGCCCUGCUCACGCAACCUCGGGUGCUGCAUCUUCUCGAGCGUGCAGCAUCUGAGACACGUCCUGUGCAUGUACUGGACGUCGGAUGCGGAAUCGGGGCGAGUCUCGUUUUGAUUGCUCGAGUACUCAGCGCCCGCGCUCCUUCAGUUCCCAUCGUUGUAUGUGGCAUUGACAAGAGUCGAGUUGCCGUCAAGCAGCACAAGCGUCUUUUUCACGUCGACAAGACACACCGCGGCGUCCUUCAUUACGACCUGGAGCUCCAACGAAUGUCUGCGUUUGCACGGCAUCGCUUCGACAUUGUCAUGGGUGUCCAGAGCUUCCAGGAAAUGAACGACAACCCCGAUGCCGCGAUUGCAGAAGUAGCGCGCGUAUUAAAGCCGCAGGGCGUCCUCCUCGUUGCGGACUUCUACACAACGUUCGACGCGCAUCAGCCAUUCGACGCGUCGUUUCUCGGCCACAUCCGAUCACAUCCUUCGUUUGACUUGCACUUUGAGCAAGACAUAUCGCACGCAGCGACGAUUGCGGCCAAGCUCACGUCGGCCAAAACAGUCGACGUCGUGGGGUCCGCCGACGUCGCCAAGUACGGAGCGCUGUUGACGCUGAAAAAGUCGCGUCGGUACGAAGCCGUGCGCCUGGGGCGUUUGCACUUUGGUUUGUUUGGAUGGCAUUCGGUGGUCGAUCCCGAGUUGGAAGAUGACGUUAUCAACUCUCCUCGUGACAGCUGUGAUAACGUCAUCGACGGUGGCGAAACGCAUCACGAGGAGGACGAGGACGACAUUGACGAUGCCAUGAACGAGAGCUACUUUGACUACAAAAAGGUGUUUCCGGACCUCGAAUUGCUCAAGCGCCACGUCAGCGCAAUCCAAGCCGAAGCCGCUGCCGCCCAGCUCGUCGCGUCCUGGCCCAACUGGCCCGAAGAUCACUACAUUGGCAACGAUGGCGAAUGGCGUGUUUUUCCGCUCUGCUACACGUUCCCAGCAUGGGAUGCCACGAAAACAGUGUGGGUCGAACCAACGUGUGCGCAAUGUCCGAAAACGGUCGCGUUGCUCAGGCAACUGCCGAACCUUCGCACCGCGUUGUUUUCGAAUUUGGGACCAAACACCCACUUGGGCGCCCAUCGGGUACGCUGUUUGGUGCCGCGUGCAAGCGAUUCGAAGCGUGUGGAUGGAUGCUGUCUUGAUCGCGUUUGCGAAAGAAUGGCGGUCGCGUUGUCGAUCGUGCAAACGAUUCGGCCGUUGUGGCAUGUUUUGUCUUUUUGGGUUGCGAAUGGUCGCUAUCGUGUGCAGUCCUUGAACGAUUGGUGGUGCGAAGGCAUUUUCUCUGCGCUAGACGGCCAUGGCAUGUGCUCGUUGCUUUCAAAGUAGUGUUUGGACCGUUGGCGCCGUCGUCAGGCGAGUUUGCCAACGAAUGCAUAUCCUGUUUCGUAGGGCUGGGCCGAUCUGGCAAACGAUAUUCUGCGGGUGCAUUUGGGCCUUGAUGUGCCGACUUUGGACAGGUCGCCGGACCAGAUUGGACAAGACAAUGCAGUCCGCGACGGUGGCAGUGGAAACCCGUCUGGCGAUUGCUGCUGUGUGGUGGUCGCUGGUGAAGCCCGUGCACACGCCACCGGCGAGCUGCUCGUGUUUGACGAUAGCAAGCUGCAUUAUGCCUACAACAAACACCCCACAGCGAGUCGGUGUGUGUUAAUCGUGGAUUUGUUGCGGCCCGACCACAUUCCAAAGGGAAAAGCAGUCGGCGGUCACACGGACGAGCUCGACCAGUUUAUUGCGCAGUACAACACGUCGCUGUCGUGCGGUACAGCCGACGAGUCGUGAGUUGAGUGUUGGCAACUCGGAACGAAUGAAUGCAUCGAUCGAAUCUCAUGGACGUGCUGUGUUUCCGAGGCAAAAGCA